AAAGACACGAAACUAUACAAACUGUUUGCCGCGCAUAUCGUGAACAACCCGAAGAUGACACUGUCGGAGGUGUUAGCCAUGGCUGACGCCGAGAACAGCUCCAGCGAUGAGGAGGAGGAAGAGGAGGCCGACGACGAAGAAGAGGAGGCGGUGACCGCCGAUGAGGACGAGGAGUACGAAGAGGAUGAGGAGGACGAUGAAGACGAUGAGGAAGACUAUGGCGACGACGAGGCCGAGGAAGUGGUGGUGAAGUCGUCGUCCGCGGCGGCGGCGAAGGCUACGGGAGACCACAUGUGCGCCGACUGCAAGUGUGCGGCCAAUCGAGACAGUAGUAAGCAGUCGUCCAACGGCUCGUCAAACCAGUCGUCGCCCCAGAAGUCAAACAGCAAUAAGUCGUCGAAGAGUAAGAAGAAGUCGUCGAUCGAUAUGCACGACGAGAACACCCGGCGCUUUGUGGCCCGACUCGGACGGGAGGACUCGGGCGGCCAGUCGUGCGAUUGCUUCGAUUGCGUGAAGUAUGCGGAGGAGCGCCAGACGGCCGACGAUAUGGCUGUGAAACUGGUGGCCGACGAGGAGAAGAAGAAGAAGAAGUCCGAGAGAAAGAAGUUACAGAAGAAGAAGAAAAGGGAUAAAAAGAAAGCGGAAAAAGUGUCGACCUCUUCGGCACCGGGAGCCACGGCGUCGGCAUCUGUUCAUAACAACUCCCAAACGGAUAGACAACAGAACGCCAUAAAUGAUAAUAAUAUUAGCGAUAAAAGUAGUGUUAAAACGAGUAAUAGUAAUACGAAUGGAGAUAUAAAUAGCAAUAGAAAUAAUAGCAAAAAAUCGGAAACUAAUGCCAAACCGGCGAAGAAUGAGCCGAAGACUAGCGCCAAGAAUAAGAAGAACGCGAAGAACUCGGCGGACAAUAAGCCAAACGCGAAGAAUAGCGGACAACAGCACCAAAACGGCGGCAAAUUUGUUGAUAGCAAGGCAUCGCACGUGUCGUCGCAUAAGUCGUCGCCGAAGUCCGAAAAAGACAUGGAUUCGCUGCGCGAGUCGGACGUGGAGGAGGAGGAGCUGUCGUUCAGCAGCGCCUAUGUGUCACAAAUUGCUCAAAGAAAGUCCAAACCAUCCAUUAAUCAAUCAAAGACCGCAUCCAACGCGACGAUAACGGCUCAACUCAUACCCCAAAGUGAUACUCAUUAUUACGAUGAAUAUAAUAGUAGUGCGAAAAAUGGCAACAAUUAUGUCGAUAAUAGCGAUCAUCACCACAUGAAUGGGUUCGCGAAGAAUAGUAGUAAUAAUAACCAACAAAAUAACGGCAAUAAAAAUACUGUCAAUAAUAACCGCGAAACGGACGACGAGUUUCCCAAAUAUAAGCAAUACUUUUACGAACAAAAGCCGAAGGCCUCGAAGGGAACGACAGCUCAACCGGCGAAGUGUAAGCCCCAGGACGUGGAGAAGAGCAUAGAGUUGGCAAUACUGGCCAACCAGAGAGCGGAGAGCAAUAAGUUCUCCGAAGCCAUAGACCUGUUCAGCCAAGCGCUCAGCCAUAACCCAAACGACUACCGAUUUUACGUGAACCGUAGCUACUGUUACGAUAGUAUACAGGACUUCCGGAGUGCCCUCAAAGAUGCCGAUACGGCCAUCAGUUUGCGACCCGAUUGGCCGAAGUGUCACUACAGGCGCGGCAAGGCGUUGGCCGGCCUUAAGAACUAUCAGGAGUCGGAGCUGUCGCUGAAAAAGGUUUUGACUCUGGAGAAGGACUGCGACGAAGCGCUGAGCGAGUUAUGGCACGUGAGGUACGGCGCGAUUGUGGGCAUGGGCUACGACACGACCACCGCUAACCUAUACUCGUCUCAAUACGACUCGAUUAAGGAGGCGCUGAGCGCGCUGUCCAUCAAAGGCGAGGAGCAAAAGCUGAUUAGUCGACGAAUAUCUGCCGAUAUAUGGAACCAAAAAAGCGGUUUCGCCGACAAAAAGGAUAGUUUUACGGACGACGACAUCUAUAUAUCCGAUGACGAGUACAAUGCCGUCCGAGAAGCGAGUUUUGAGGAGACGUCGCCGACAAACCCUUUUGGAUGGAAAGCCCUUUGGGUGGGAAACGUGGCGCUGACGGCCAACUUGGAGACCGUGACGGCGCUGUUCCGCAAGUUCGGUGCCCUUAACUACUGUAAUAUCUUUAAAGGCAAUAAUGGCGGCUCUUUCAUACUCGUCCACUACGACAACUCGGAGUCGCCGCGAAAAGCAAUGACUAAAUAUCAGGGGAAAGUGAUACCAGGCGUGAGUAUACCGGACACACCGCUGACCAUACGUUUCCGUCCAAAUAAAGACCAAAAGAAACCCAAUUACGACCAGAGGCUGGAGUCGGAUGAGUGCUACUACUGGCGCACCACUGGGUGCGCGCGCGGAGAUAAAUGCCUUUACAAACACAUUCAGGCGAAUAAGGGGGUCGACAAGCAGGCUUGGAUGUGCAACACCACCAAAAAAGGGUUACAACCGUUCCAGAAGACCCAGAAGUGAUGAUACGAAAGAUAUGGCCGGAAAAAAUAGCCCAUAAAUUGAGAUUUUAAUGAUGAAUGGGAGACGUGUUUGUGUUCACAAUUU